GCAAUACUUUUAAUUACCAGGCUCAAAAAGCUUGAACCCAGAGCCGUAAAACCAGUUUUAAAAAAAGACCAAAAAGACUUGACAUUUGUCAAACCCGCCUUCCAUUUUCUGAGAGGUUAUAUUUUUCUUAUAUGAUAAAAAUUCGCUAAUUUCAUUAUCUAAAUCGAAAGCUUCAUCAAGAUUUGAUUUUUUGAAAGAGACCACAGUAAAUAUGGAACUAUUGGAAAAUGUUAUUAUAAAACUCAAUGUGCAUACUAAAGAAAUAAGAUCAGAAGACUUACAGGAUAUAAUGCUGAUCAUCAAAAAAACUCACAAUUCAACUGAGCAAUUUCAAGAAAUCUAUUCAGAAAUUUUAGCAAAACUAUGGGAUCAUUUGUCGUAUGAACUCCCAGCAUUUGACAAUCAAUUGCUUUGUUGUACUUGUUUCUAUUCAGUGCUAAGUAAUUUGCAGAGGCAAGACUUGUAUUUGGAGAAAGCUUUACAAAUUAUAAAUCAUGAAAUAAUGUCAAAAAGAGCAACAAAUGACAAGGAAAAUAAUACAUCUGUGGCAGUAUCAUUAUGUUAUGGCCUGUUUCAGUCUUCAUAUCUUAUUCAAGAAAAAGAUCAGCCUCUAGAAGAAUUAAAAAAACUUCUAAAAGGGACUUUUGAUCUGUUGAUGCUGAUGGCAAAUGAAUACUCUCAGUACACAUUUAUAGUUUUUAAGAUCAUGACUGCAUUUAAAAAAGUAAUUGACACUCCUUGCCAAGAAUAUUUAUUUAACAGAGAAAGGAAAAUAAAAUUAUUAAAUUUAAUUAAUCACAACUGGGAAAAUCCCAUAACAGGAGUGAGAAAUUUAAACAGAAUAUUAUUUCAAAUGUUGUUACUGAUACUUAAUAAUGAUAUAUAUGAAAAAGUAUUGAAUGAAAUUAAUAGCUUUUACUGGAACAAGGGUAAAUUUCUAAUGCUUACAGAGAUAAUUGAACACAGUAAUGGUAAUGUUGAAAAACUAGUUUUGAACAACCAGUGGAUUCAUGGUUUGACAAAGAGUUUAAAUAAUCCAGGACUUGUUUCAGCCGGGGCUGAUAUGUAUUAUGCAAUACUAAAAAAACUAAUUUCUGAAAGUAGUUGGACAAAACUGUUUCUAACUGAUGUUAUGAAAAUAUUAACUGGAUUAUCAUUCAAAGCAAUUGAAAACUUCAGCAAUUAUUGGUGUUUAACAACAUUUAAAACAUUUCCAUCAUUGGCACAGAUUCUUUUAAAUGAGCUUCAAAAUAUUGAGGGGACCGAGCUGAAACUUUAUAGUUGUAUAUCUGUUCUAAAACAAGCUAAUAAGCUUGGAUUGGUUGAAAAGACAUGGUCAGUAACUGCAUACACUGAUGAAGAAAAUAUGGUGCUUGGCAGUCUUGAACAUUGUGAUGCUAACAUAAGGAUGUUAGCAUUUGAAAUUAUUUGUGUAUCUCAAAAAAAGAGUUUGCCAACAGAAAUUGAAUUCCAACAAAUUUUGAAAUUCCUUGAGAAUAAUGUUAACUCAGACAGUACUGUUUUAAGAUUGAGUAUUUUAAACAGCUUAUCUAAUUUCUUCGUAACUUUGCACACUUCUUUUUUAAAUUAUUAUAAACACAACACUAACAAGGAAGAACAUAUUAAUAUGCAAGAUUUUUGUAAAAAUUUGCAAAUAUUUGUCAUUGAAUCUUUAAAUCUUAAUGGAAAUUAUCAACGGAAAAUAACAACUGUCAGAAUUAUUCACUUAAUUUUAAAACAUUUUAAUGAAGUACCAAAAAGAAAGCAGAAACAAACUAGAGAAAUGAACUAUUCUUUAAUUGAUUAUUUGAAAGAAAAUGGUCAUUGGUUACUGAAUUCAAGGGAUUUUAUUAUGAAACUUAUAAGUUUAUUGAAAGACCCUGCAACUGAUGUGCAUGACUGCAUUUUCCAAUUGUUGUUAGAAUUUUAUUUACCAGAUAUAAGUGAUACAAUGACAAUGAACUAUUUAAUAGAAGAGAGUUUGACAUGCAUAAAAAGUAAAUUUUUCUUUGAAAUCAGUUGCGGAUUAAAUAUAUUUAAACUUAUUAUUAACACAAUAAUAAUAAAGAAGCAAGUUGCAGCCAGAUUUCAAAAUAUUGAAGACCUUUUUUAUUUUGCCUAUAAUGAAAUAAUUACAGAAUAUACCGCCAAUAUAGAUGUUGUGGAGUCAAUUGCAAGGGGAAAGCAAUUACAUUCAUUUUUGAGUUUAUUGUACAUCAUUUUUGAUGCUAAUAUUAAAAAUUCUUAUCAAAUGGUACUACCAGCUCAAACUAUAUUCACAUUGUUAAGUAUUUUAAAAGAUAUGUCUAAUCAAUUCGCUUGGGAAGAAGAGACAAAUACUAGUUCAGACUUUUCUAAAAUGAACGAUAUGGUGUUAUCCAAAAUAAAAAAUUCUAACUUCAAUGAAAAUACAUAUGAUCAAACAAAAAUUUCAGGUUUAUAUCAAAUUGUCCUAAAUUGUUUGUGGCUGAAUGUAAAGGCAUCUUGUGAAUUAGCUGCAAUAAUAAUUCAACAGAACAAAGAAAAUAUUAAAGUUUGUGAAGAAAGUUUAACUAUUAUUGCACAUGUUCUUGAAACAUCAAGGCACAAAGGUGCAAUAGAAGCAGCUGGUGCUGCACUUGGUCAAGGUAUUCGAUAUUUAACAUCGUUGGAAACUGAAUCUGAAGCUUUUAAGUUGCCCUUGUUUUUAUUGCAAAGAAAAUUAAAUGAACUUCUUCAUGAAAUUACUAAAAUGUCCUCUGUUACCAGACGAGGGGCUGGUCUGUCUAUAAUGGUACACAGAAUAGUUAGCAAUGAUGCCAAAAAAGGCAGACCCUUGUUCCAUUAUUUUAUGAGAACAAUACUAAAUACCUGCAGUAGUACACAAGGGACUUGUGAUAUGCAUCAGGAAGAUAGUGCUGAUGAAAAGGAUUUGCCAAAAGCAAUUUAUAUACACUUCCUAACAAGAAUUGUUACUGAUAGCAGUUUAGCAUCUGACAUGAUGUAUUAUUCUGCAGAAUUAGCUGAACUUGCAUUUGGCAAUCUUACAAAUUCACACUGGCAAAUAAGAAAUGCAGCCCUGCAAUUAUAUGGAGCUCUGCUGCCGAAACUAAUAGGACAAAAAAAGCCAUCUGGGACCGAUGAUGAAAUAAUAUCAUCAGUAGCCUGUGACGAAUUCAGAACUCAUUCUAUUAAACUUUGGGAUUCUGUACUCAAACAAAUAAAAAAUGAUGUAUAUCAAGAUAUAAUUCAAGGACACUCCAAUUUGGUACCAAUAUUGAAUAUGUUGGCGAAUAUUGCACGAAGGUACAACUUUUCAUAUGAUUUAGAUGAACAAAAUGAUUCUGAUUUUAAAUUAUUACCAAAUGUACUCGCUCUAUUGGGGAGUCCAAUUUACACUGUAAGAAGACUGACUGCGAAAUUAAUUUUAAAUAUCUACUCAUUUGAAAUAAUACUGAAUGCUAUUGCAAAAGUGACAAUUACUUCAGAAAAUCAUCUGCAUGGAAUCCUUUUGGUAAUCGGAAAUUGUUACAAAGUUUAUUCAGAUGUAGAAUCAUAUAAAAAUCAACUUGAUGAUAUUAGAAAUGAAUAUGGUAGAAUUUUGAUGAGAAGGAAUCUCUCUUCUGUAUGCAGAUGGAGAUUAGAUAAAUUAUUUACAGAAGAAAUCCCAGAAGUAACUGUAGAUAUGAUCAAAAAUAUUCUAAUUCAAGGAACGAUCAAACAGCAUGAACCUGGAGCGUUUUUAUGGAUAAAUCAACAAAUGAAAAAAAGUUUAGAAAAUAUGCCUUGGAACAUUCUACCUGAGGUUAUGUCAUUACUACUAAAUACUCAUGAUUUCGAAAUGUACUGUGAAAUUAUGGCCCAGAGGAUAAAAAAUUGUAGAAUGGUACCUGAAAAGAUCCUUCAAGAUGUCAGUGAAGUUUUGUUAUCUUCUAACUUAAAAACAAAAAGUUGUGUGCUAUGGAAAACACUUUAUUUUAUAUCUCAUAGAGUUCAUUUUAACAUGCACAUAUCUGGUUGUUACUUACAAGAAAAUUUCAGUAGCGAAGUUUCUUAUAAGAUGAGAUACAUGAUUCCAUUUGCUACAAGGCUCUUUGCAGUACAGGCAGACUAUGAAAAUUUAUUAAUGUUUUCAAGAAAAAUAUUUUUGUUGUGUAACCCUGAAAGUAAUGAUAUUGAUAUGAGAUAUAUAGCAGCAAUAGCUAACAAUGAACUUGCAUUUACUUUCACAAAAUUUCCCGACGCUAUUAGAAUCAAUGCAAUUAAAUCAGCCAUUUUACUUCUACAAGAUGAAGAAGAGGAUAUCAGAAAUUUGAGUGUCACAUUUUACAAGGAACUAGCUAAUCAAAAUAAACAAAAACACCCAUUUAUUUGUUUAAAUGAAAUAUUGAAAGAAGAAUUUUUGUUUGCACAAUUAAGUGAACCGGAAUUAAGUGUUCAAAAUAUUUGUGAAGAUUUGUUACAUUACAUUGAUUCUGUUGGUACACAUAAUUGUGAUGAAUUGAAUCCUUUUGCUAAUGACUCAAAAAAUAUCUAUCUCGAAGUUAAUGUGUUAAGACAAUUAUUAAAAAAUAAUUUGAGUAAAUUGGCCAAAUAAAUUUUAUGUGGCAUUA